AUGUACUCGCCAAUCACAAACGAUGAUGGAAUGUACAAAUACCUGAAAAUAGUGACCAUUGAUUUGUUGGAAGACAAUCACUUCGCGGUGGCUCCACAAGUCAUCCCGGCCGCAUUCUAUUUCACUGGAAUAAGAAAUGAGGAAAUUGGAUCAAUCCACAUUAGUCAUUCAAUCCACAUUAGUCAUUCACCGCAUUUCAUGAUCAACGAAGAUAGUUUACCAGUUGGAGCCGCUGUUCAGGCCGCCGUUCUGAGAGAUACUUAA